UAAAAAUGAACAUACUCCAAAGUUGUCUACUUGUUAUGGUUUGUUUUGGUUUGACUACUAGCUAUAGGAUCCAAGCCAAAAGUACAUAUGUGGCUUUCUAUGCAACUUUAACAAAACAUCAAGUACUAAAUGGUGCAAAAACAGUAGUGUAUGAUAAAGUGUAUACCAAUCUAGGCUCUGGUUAUAACAACAAGAAUGGUAAAUUCACAGCUCCAGAAAAAGGACUUUAUUAUUUUACUUCAACUUUGAUGGCAGUUCACAAUAAGGACUUGCAUAUUGUUAUGAUGAAAAAUAAGAAUGUGAUUGGGUAUGGUCAUGAUGCACGUGGAGAAGCUGAAAUGGGUUCAGUGAACGCUGUCAUUGAAUUAGGUAAAGGAGAUUUUGUUCAAAUUGUUCACGAUGCAAGAGUAGGUGGUCAAACAAUAUACGGGGAAGGCUUCUGUUCAUUUGCUGGCUAUCUCAUCACCAAGUUGUCGGACAGAAAUUCAGCGGAGUACGUUGAAAUACACCUGAAGUCUAAACUUAAAUAA